AUGUAUACCUCCGCGCUCUUUCUCGGCGCUCUUGCCGUCCUCCUCGACACCGCAUCCGCCCAUGGCUUCGUCAAGGGUGUCAACGUGAAGGGAACCUUUACCAACGGCUCUGACCCAGUCUGGUACUACUAUGCCAAGGAUGCUCGUCCUCAAACUGCAGGCUGGGAUGCCCUGAACCAAGACAUCGGUUUCGUCGAGCCGAACUCCGUCGGCACUGCAGACGUGAAUUGCCACAAGAGCGCCACAGCCGGACGUCUCUAUGCCAAUGUCAAUGCCGGUGACACUAUCGAAUUUGAAUGGAGCACUUGGCCCGACAGCCACAAGGGCCCGAUCAUCAACUACAUUGCACCUUGCAACGGUGAUUGCACCACUUUGACACCAGGUGCUCUUCGCUGGUCAAAGAUUUCUCAGUCGGCUAUCAUCAGCCCCGGAACCUGGGUCACAGAUAAGCUCAUUACGGACAAGUUCAAGGUCUCUACUGUUCUUCCAGCUAAACUUGCACCUGGCAACUACGUCAUUCGCCACGAGAUCAUUGCACUCCACGGCGGUCAGAACGUCAAUGGCGCGCAACUGUACCCUCAGUGCUUGAACCUCAAGGUUGGAGGUAGCGGUUCCGUUAAGCCGUCUGCUGGUGUUCCAGGUACUAGCUUGUACACAAAAGACAUGCCUGGCAUUGUGUUCAACAUCUACACCAACCCUACCACUUACACCUUCCCUGGUCCGGCUCUGUGGACUGCCGCUAACUAA